AUGGAGUAUUCGAUUCGAGAGAAUCUAUGCAUUCCUCCACACGUAUGUCCUCACCUGCCCAAAACAUUAAAAAACUCUGUCCGUGCGAAACACUCUGCCCAAAGUUCUCACAGUGUCUCAUUUCAAGUACUGCCCGGGAAAAAAACUUUUUACACCACCCCACUCUGCUUCGCUGCCCAGCCCCGGCCCUCUGCUCAAUUCCCCCGCUUUUUAAACAUUUUGCCCACGCGCCUCAACAGCGCCUACCACAAACGAACACAUUUUCUUUUGAACCUUUUCAAUUUCGAUGUUUCUCUCUCACUGUACUGGAAAGCAAAAACCCCUCACUCAGAGAGAAAAACUAAAAUUUUCCAAAUGGAAUUCAAAUUCAGAGCGGUCGAUAAACGGCAGCCAAAUUAUUUUCUUCCUUCUUCGUCGAGCUUCAAUCCCUCGUCGGGUCAAGGAAUUCGACCCAAUCCUAACUUUAACCGAAACCGACCCGACUCGAUCCAGUGGGAAUUAGAGAAGGCACAAAUAAGGGAAGAGAUAAUCGCGUCGGAAAUGGCGCGUCGGAGAGCCUUAGAAGCCGAAGUGAGAAGAGAGUUGAUGGCGGAGAGGGAGAUGGCCGCCUGGCAUAGAGCCAGGGAAACGAGUUUACCUUUCGAACACAUGCUCACAGUGCGGCUCGACCCUAGGCUUCCUUUCAUGCAUCACCACUUCAAUAACCACCACCGCUGGCGGCCUGAGCAGUCUUUCAAUUUGUUUCCACCGCCGCCGCUGCCCAUGAUGCCGCCACAGUUGACGGAGAUUUUGGACUCUGAGGUUAAGGAUACUUCGGAGGGAAACAAGAAUAAAUUGAUUAUACUGGCUAAGCCUGAUCCUAAUCGUGUUGUUGGAGCAAAGAGGAAAACACCACCUCCAGCAGGCACUGGUGAACUGCCUCUGCCUUUAAUUAGUUUGAAGAAGAUACCCAACGAGGAGUGGAGUUGUGCCAUUUGUCAGGUCAGCGCCACAAGUGAGAAAGGUUUGAUUGAACACCUUCAAGGUAGGAAGCACAAGGCUAAGGAAGCAAGACUAAGAGCUGAGAGAAUGGAGAAAAGUUCCAAUACCAAUACCACAACAUUGCCAAAAAAACCCAGACUGCCGCAACUUAAUAAAAAUAUGGAUGGUUCAGACCAGAAAUUGGAGGAUAGAGAAAAGUUAAAGAAUAAAAAGGAUGAACUGCUGAUUAAGAGAGAGAAGAAGGCAGAAAGGUUUAGGAAGAAACAUGGACCAAUGCAGGUGGAGAGGACACCAGAACUUAGUAAAAAGGAGAAAUAUAAGUUUUGGUGUCAAAUGUGUUUGGUUGGUGCGCAUUCUGAGGUUGUAAUGGAAGCUCAUAAAAAGGGGAAGAGGCAUAUUGCUCGACUCCUGGAUCUUGACGAAAAUAAUGCAGCUGCCCCUGCUACCUCCACCAACAAUAAAGUCACUGAGCUGGCAAGAUUUGAUGGUAGUCAGAUGCCAAAAGUCACUGAUGUGGUGGUCGAUGAAGCAAAUGAGAAGAUAACGAAUGCUCCAGGGUCUGUUAGUUCUAAAUUUUGGUGUCAAAUGUGUUUAUUUGGUGCACAAUCUGAGGUGGUACUGGAAACUCAUAAAAAGGGGAAGAGGCACAUUGCUCGACUUCUGGAACUUGAUGAAAAUAGAGCAGCUGCCCCUGCUACCUCAACCAUUAAUACAAUCACUGAGCAGGCAAGAUUAGAUGGCGUUCAGAUGCCCAAAGUCGCUGAUGUGGUAGCUGACAAAGCAAAUGAGAAGCUAAUGGAUGUUCCAGAAGCUGAUGGUUAUAACCUAUCACCUGUUGUAAGUUGAUUGUCAAAACCGUAGACAAAACCCACUCUCCGGAUUUGUGUUGGGAGCUCUGAAAAUUGCUCUCUCUAUCUUUUGUACUGUCUGAAACUUUUAAUUAGAUGUUGGUAUUUUAGCUGAAAUCCAAUAUUUAAUGAGGUGCACCCAAGAUUGAGUAAUUGCUUUGAUACCAAGGAUUUAGAGUAAAAAUGCCAUUCAUUAAUUUGACCUUGCCGCACCUUUGAAAUUGCAGAUAACUUAGCAAAAAGCUGGAAAGCGGCACGCUUGCAUCGAGUACCAAUGCUUUCCAACAGGUGUGCAACUGGUAAGUCUCCAAGAAAUUUCAGUGGUAUUUCUACCGACAGUUACCAGGUCCCUAAUGAAACAAGUAUAGUAGAAUGCUAGAUUCUUGCAACUCUUUUAACAACCAGAUGCCAAAUUUCAUGUUCAUAUUGAUAGAGAAACCUAUGACAGUAAAGCAGUUUGGAAGCCUUUAAUUACCUUAACAAAGGAUGGCAAAUAACAUCCCUGUCCGACGUUCUAUUGCGGAAUCACAUUCUGUUCCUGGAGGGUGCAUGAAUUGAGACUUAACCUAACACCCAAGCUUCCUUUCUUUUGUGACAUUUGAACUAACUUCACCGUGCAAUUUGGCAUUAGUUUGUGUUUGCGUUUGCUUCAGGAACUUGGUGAGGACCCACAACCCUGGAUAUUGUGGAUCUGUGUUUGCAUUCUGAUCCUAAGCGACAACAACUUCCAGCCUACUCCAAAUACCCAUUUCAUGCAUUAAAGACGGAGCAGCCGGCACCUUCCGUUGCUUAGCAAAAUGUAAACUAGGAGGCUAAGGAACAAAUUUUGGAAUCUUUCAACAAAUCAUUCACACCAUAAAUAA